UUUACCAGUUUCUCCUCUCUACUUUGGAGUAAUUUUAUUGGAAUUGAUGUUUGCUUGAGCAACUUUUUAUUUUAAAAACCUCUAAAAUUUGCUUCAUGUCCACUAAUUUGUUGGUUCUUCAACUCAUACCGAGAAAUGCUGUUCCUUUCCUUGCAGGUUUUCUAACUGAAGCAUAGGAGUAAAAGGUUAAAGUCUUAACAGAAGAGUUGUAAAGGAAUGUGGAUUCUGGAUUUUGGGGUUUAGAGAUUUUUGUGGACCAGAAAAGUUCUUGGUAAUGUUGUAGGGGUGUGUGUGUGUGUGUGUGAGAGAGAGAGAGAGAGAUAGAUCCAUUUGGAAAACAGAAAACGAAGAGAAUAAGAUAAACAAAUAAGGGGAGGGCGGUGGUGUCAGUUUUGAGCAAGUGGGGGUGUCUUUGGUUUUGAGAAUUAUAUAUGUUUGAGAGUGUGUGUUGUCCAUGUCUCCCUAGCUGACCCUUUCAGCCCGGAGUCCUUGCUUUCUGUUGCCAACUGAGGAAGCAAUUACUUCCUUUGGGGUCUCUUCCUAGUCAAGUGACCAGUUUGUUAAAAAUCACUCUAGCUCCAUUUAUUUCUUCUCCCUUUAUGUGGCCUCAUUUUGUGUGAAAGAUUCGGUCAUACUAAGAAAUGCACAUGAUUUCUUUUGAUCCAUCCUUCCUAACAUUGAAAUUGAAAUAUUUUUAACAUUGAGGAGCUCAGUUAGUGGAGAGUUCCUUUUGUGGUGAUUUUGGUACUGAUUUGUGCCAGUGGAAUAUUUGUAGAUUUGAGAGGAGGUGAAAUUUGGAGUGUUAGAAAGAGAAGAGAGGUUUCAAUCUUCCUUUAGCAAGAUGAAGUUUAUGAAACUGGGAUCUAAGCCUGAUUCAUUUCAGACUGAUGGAGACAAUAUCAGGUAUGUUGCAACUGAGUUGGCAACUGACUUAGUCGUUAACAUCGGGGAUUUGAAAUUCUAUCUGCAUAAGUUCCCCUUGUUAUCCAAAAGUGCACGCUUGCAGAAGCUGGUUGCAACAUCAAGUGAUGAGAACAGUGAUGAAAUCCACAUUCAAGAUAUUCCUGGUGGACCUGCUGCUUUUGAAAUAUGUGCUAAGUUUUGUUAUGGUAUGACAGUCACUCUCAACGCAUACAAUGUUGUCGCUGCUAGAUGUGCGGCAGAAUACCUUGAGAUGUAUGAAACUGUUGAGAAAGGAAACCUUAUCUAUAAGAUUGAUGUCUUCCUCAAUUCAAGUAUAUUCAGGAGCUGGAAAGAUUCCAUCAUUGUUCUUCAAACAACAAAAUCUCUACUUCCGUGGUCUGAGGAAAUAAAGGUGGUCAGCCACUGCCUUGAUUCCAUAGCUUCCAAGGCCUCCAUUGAUACUUCCAAGGUGGAGUGGUCAUACACCUAUAAUAGGAAGAAGCUCCCAUCAGAGAACGGAAAUAGUCCGCAGUGGAAUGGUGUAAGAAAACCACAAAUGGUUCCAAAGGACUGGUGGGUAGAAGAUCUUUGUGAGCUUCAUAUUGAUUUAUACAAGCGUGUGAUAACAACAAUUAAAACAAAAAGCAGAGUUUCUGGUGAUGUAAUUGGAGAAGCCCUAAAUGCAUAUGCCCUGAGAAGAUUGCCUGGAUUUAGCAAGGGUAUGGUCCAGAAUAAUGAUUUCAUAAAGUAUAGGUCGUUGGUGGAGACCAUUGUACGGCUGCUGCCCACUGAGAGAGGAACUGUUUCUUGUAGCUUCUUGCUUAGAUUAUUAAGAGCUGCAAUUUUAUUGGAUUGUGGAGAAAUGGAGAGAAAUGAGUUGAUGAGGAGAAUUGGCCAGCAGCUCCCGGAGGCAACAGUGACUGAUCUUCUGAUUCGAGCUCCAGCUGGAGAAGCAACAAUAUAUGAUGUUGACAUUGUUCACAACUUAGUUGAGGAGUUUGUGACUCACAGUUCUCAAAUUGACCCCACUGAUAAUGAAUUCCAGAAGAGUAGAAGCCCUAAGUUUGGACCAGAUGCUUGUAAAGUGUUGGUAGCAAAGCUAAUUGAUGGCUACCUUGCUGAAAUUGCACGAGAUCCAAAUUUGCAUCUGUCAAAAUUUGUCUAUCUUGCAGAAAUUGUAGCAAGCUUCUCUAGACCUUCUCAUGAUGGACUUUACCGUGCCAUAGACAUGUAUCUGAAGGAACACCCUGGAAUCAGCAAGAGUGAGAAAAAGAGAAUAUGCAGGUUAAUGGACUGCAGGAAGUUGUCAGCCGAGGCCUGUAUGCAUGCUGUGCAAAAUGAGAGGCUCCCAUUGCGUGUUGUUGUGCAAGUCCUCUUCUUUGAGCAAGUGAGGGCUACAGCAUCAGCUGGCAACAGCACACCUGAUCUUCCAGGGUCCAUUAGAGCCCUACUCCCUGGUGGGUCUCAUGGCAGCUCAAGGUCCACUACAACCAACAAUGAAGAGGAUUGGGAUUCUGUGCCAACAGCCGAGGAUAUCAAGGCUUUGAAAGGGGAGCUUGCUACUCUAAGAUUAGGCAGUAGUGGGACUGAUAGAAACGGAAAUGAUGCUGCUAAAAGUGAUGCCGAAAAGAUUGCUGCUAAUAGAAUGAAAGGUUUGGUCAUGUCAAAGAUCUUCUCAAAACUUUGGUCAAGUAAGGAAAGACACGGUGAAAUUAGCAGCUCUGACACAUCAGAGAGCCCUGGAUCAGUCAAUGCAGAAGAAACAAAGUCCACCCCAUCCAGAAGUAGGAGACAUUCACUAUCUUAGUUCAGGAUGUGCUUAGCAGAAUCGGAAGCAUGCCUUGUUCGGCUUUGUAAAAUUGUCUCAAAAUGACGGUAGGAGAUUAGAACCCUCUGACUUUUUUCUAGCUGGUUUACCACUUGGAUUUUUCGAGCAAAUGGAAUGAGGCAAUAUCGAAUAGCACGGGGAUGGUUUUGUAAGAGAGAUUCACUGUCGCAUAUCGUUCCCUGAGCGGUGGAGGCUCUAGGUUGUUCAUUGUUGCAACAAGUGAAAAAGCAAAAAUAAAAUUAAAAAUGAAGGGCUGCUAAGUUUCUUAACCAAAGUUCUGGUAUCAUGUUAAGGUAUCCAAUCAAAAACCAAAAUAGGAUCCCAAGUUUGCAACAAUUCCAAAUUAAGCUGAUCUGACAUAAUGCUACUUUUCAAGUCAUGGAUGGUUGGAUCAUUACUUUGUAUAAUCACUUUUUCUGAGUUUGGAAUUC